GAAAUACUUACAAAAGGCAUUGUCGGAGAACCAGACCUAGUUUAUCUCAUAUCUAUUUGUAGACGUCGAGUGGUUCCGCGCUGAUACCGCUAAAGCGCUGCGUUACUCGUUGUGUGGCUUGUACGGUUGCGUUUCUUGAUAAGAGUAGGUACUGGGAAUUGUCAUCUGCCAUUCUGCUCUGUAUGUCGGUGUUCUCAACUAUGAUUGGAGAUAAGAGAGGAAAAAGUUGGAGAUGAAAUUGUACGGACGCGUAUACAAGAAUUUUCAAACUAUACGACGAAUUUGCGAAUAUAUAGCACGCUGAUCUAGCAUUGAAUAUAUUUUCCAAACCAACAAGUGGAAAAGAUAAAUAUGUCAUAAACUCACAAACAGUGCUGUCAAAAGAUAAAGUCAAUCAUAUUAUUGUACCUUCAUACACAGAUUUUUAUCGACGUGGUGAUUCAGUGAUUGCGAUAACCUAAUCGUGUAGUAACGUACUUUAAGAACAGAAAAUGCCACACAGAAAAAUCUCACGUGCUUCACCUGAACUAAUAAAUAUAAUUCACAAAGUGUCCGCUACGUGUAAUAUUACAAAUUUCGAGCAUGUCAUUCAUUUUGGUAGUGAUGAUGUUGACAGUAAUACUGACGGUUACUAUAAAGUAAGCCUAAAAGGAUACAGGGACGGACAAAGGGUACGAUGGAAUUAUAUAAUAAAGUGGCACUGUGACCCAAAAAGAAGAUCUCUGUUUAGGGAAGCGUACAAACGUGAAGUAUUGUUCUUUAACAAAAUUGUUCCGAGUUAUCUCGAAAUACAACGAAGUUUCAGACUCAUUGAAGGUUUGAAAAUAAAAUUCCCUAAUUGUUAUUAUGCUAGCGCUGAAUGGAAUGAGGAAGUCCUAGUGUUCGCAAGUCCGUACGCGCAAGGAUUUCGAUUACAUGACAGAUUAGCUACCCUGGGCUUAGACCACGUUUCGCUUGUGAUGAAAAAUUUGGCGAAACUGCAUGCUUUAUCGUUUGUUUUCGAAAAAUAUCAACCGGUGGAAUUUGAGGAGAUAAGAAAAGCAUGCAGUAAUGACCUCCAAUAUUCGGACGUGAAAUUAAUACCUAAAUCCAUGAUAACAUAUUAUGAUGCAUCAGUGAAUGUUGUAAAAGAUGAAAAAGCAAAGAAACUAUUGAAACACUAUGCUUCAUAUAUUCUUCAAAUACUCAACAAAAGUGCUAUGCCCAUCAGGAGGAAGCAUCUUGUUAUAUGUCACGGUGAUUGUUGGAAUAACAAUGUUAUGUACAAAUUCCAGAAAGAAAAUCCCGUGGACAUAAUGUUUAUCGACAAUCAACUGACAAGAUACGCAUCACCGGUCACAGACCUCUCCUAUUAUUUGUACAUGUCGACAGAUCAACAAUUCCUGUCUGCACACUACGACCGAAUGGUCAAUUUGUACUACAAUAAUCUGUCCGCAAUUCUACGUCAAUUUAAUUUAGAGCCAAACGAUUUUUAUCCAGAGCACGUUUUCUUGCAAGAUUUAAAAGACUAUUCCGUUCUUGGAUUGAUAGAAGCACUCGUCUCAAUGAAGAUAAUUACUGCUUUACCCGAAGAGGCCAUUAAAAUGGCAGGAUUAAAAUAUGGUGACGAUUACAGUGAAGACGGCACAUAUUGCAAUGAGGAUCAAACUUGUAAUUCUUAUGUAGAACGCGUAAAUGGUGUAGUAAACGAUUUUUUCAAUAGAAAGUAUUCAUUAGAUGCUCUUAUAUAAAUGAACAAUAUAAAUACAAACUAAAUUAUAACGUUUGGAGAAGCGGAAUUCAAAAUUAUUAUGAAAUAUAUUAAAUAUAUAUUUGAUCAUAAAACAAGUUAAAAAUGUUUUGCUGUAGGUUAUGUAUAAUGAAAAUGUUGUAAAUCUGAUAGAUUAAAAUCAACAUACGUAAACUUGUUGUACACUUUUUCGGUAUACAUAAUUAUGCAUAAUGUGCUACCAAAAAAAACAAAUAAACAUCAGCAAAAUUUUAUUAAACACAUUUGCAAUUAUGAUUUUUUAGACAAGAUCUAAUCAUCUAAAAUACGAGAGUUUGUACCGGGCAUUUUUCCCUGGUACAACAUUUGUCAUUGAGCAGGAAUUAAUUUCCGUCAUCGUACUUAAUUGUCUGUGACAAAGAUUUUUCACGAGGCUCCAAGGAUUUCUGCAGCACUGGGAAUAAUGGAUUGGAGCAGAUGCCACUGUUUAGAAUCGUUAUGACCAUUUAGGGUAAUAGGUUGUGCGAAAUAGUUUGGGACUCACUCUUUCUUCAUUAAGUUAAAAUCUUCGAACAAAAUUUAACUUGAAAUCAUAGAUGAUAAAGUUCCUAAGUCAUGAUUUAAUUUUGACCCACAUGAUUUAAUUUUGGGAUUAUUAAAUUAUUGUUAGUAGCUUCACCUUUAUCAAAACCUAAUUUCAUCCAUUCUAUAUGUAAUUGCCUACUCCGUAACCUAUUAUGUUACUGUUUUAUUAAAUCAGAACAAUUCAUAUUAUAAUUUGUAAUAUGAAAAUUAAAAUGUUAAACGUUGAUUGUUAGUGUUUUUUUUGUCUAUCAACUGGCCGCCGCUAAGCUACUAGUGGCGGGCAUUUCGCCACAUUUCGAUUUCUCAUUAUUCGAUUGAUGGCUGCGUCUAGUAGCUUGACUGAACCACUAGUGUCUCAAUGUACGCUUGCUGUCAAACAAGACUUUUGACUUAUCAAACAAGAUAGAGCUCUAAAGCAGUUGAAAAAAAAAUCAGUUUUGGAGGAUUUUUUUUUGAAUUUUAGGUACGAGUAACAAUGCUCAAAUUCAUAAACGUGUUAAUGAUCAUUUAUCUUUUAUGUAAUUUUUUGAGGUUUCGCCCAAGUUAACUACUUGAUUUUAGAUGCGUUGUUACUAUUAUCUGUUUAUUACUGAAAAUUAAAAAAUAUUGGAUAAAUAAUUUUUGAUUAUUAUUAAUAGUUAAUAUGCAGAUUUUAAUACUUCCAAGUACAGAAAUACUGAUGUUGAUAAACGUCUUUUGAUUUUUUUUUCUUUAAUUUAUUUCUAUUUUAACUUUGCAUAUUAAAAAAAACCUUGAACUUCUUGUGUUUUACAAUCAAUUCCAUUUGUCUACAAAGAAAUUCGAAAAGAUAACAUAGAAUCAGUUUUCCACACAAAAAGGGAAACCAUUUUUUAGUUAGAUCGGUGGUCGUUUUUUGUAGCUGUCAACAGCAGAUUGAAUUCCUUUAUUGAUGGCAACAUCGCAGAGGAUGGAUAUAGCUGGAGUUAAUAUGUAAAGCGGAUGAUUUUUUUUAGGUUUUGGUUUUUCAGACUAGAUCCAAUAUCGAUGGUUACGACCGAUGUAAUCUGUGAAAACUGUCGACACAAAAUAUUAAUGUGACAGUUAUG